GCAAGAGGUUGCUUCAUAUUUAAACAGAAGUCGAACGGCGCUGACACGAGCCGCAUCCAACAGUGGACCUAACAGCCUUCCUACAUCCUUCUGUUAAAUUCUUCAAAAAAACCUUCCAACCGAAAUCAAACUGAGACGUGUGCUUGGAUUAGUUCGUUCUAUCACGAUUUUCUCCAAGUAGCUUAAAGAGUCAAGAUGCUUCCUGUUUCGGGACCCAGCUACGAAGCCUACUCAUAUGGAGGUUCAAAGUUUGGAAAUCAAACGGUGGUUGACAAGGUUCCACCCGAUAUGCUCCAUCUAAUCGACGCCCACUGGUAUCAGUACCCACCUCUAAAUCCAAUGUGGCAUGGAAUCCUUGGAUUUGUGAUAGGUUUGCUUGGUUUCGUCUCAGUUUCGGGAAACGGCAUGGUCGUCUAUAUAUUUCUUUCGACAAAGAGCCUUCGUACGCCAAGCAAUUUGUUCGUAAUCAAUCUUGCCAUCAGCGAUUUCUGUAUGAUGUUGUUCAUGUCUCCACCUAUGGUGAUCAGUUGUUACUACGAGACAUGGGUACUUGGACCUCUCUUCUGUCAAAUUUACGCGAUGUUGGGCUCGUUGUUCGGAUGUGGCUCCAUAUGGACAAUGACGAUGAUUGCGUUCGAUAGAUACAAUGUGAUCGUUAAAGGUUUAUCCGGUAAGCCAUUAACCAUUAACGGAGCUCUCCUCCGUAUACUGGGCAUAUGGGGGUUCUCUCUGAUUUGGACGAUCGCGCCUAUGUUAGGCUGGAAUAGAUAUGUACCAGAGGGUAACAUGACCGCAUGUGGUACCGAUUACUUCAGCAGAGACAUAGUGUCUGUUUCUUACAUUAUAUUAUACAGCAUCUGGGUUUACUUCAUUCCGCUGUCCCUUAUUAUCGGGAGUUACUGGUACAUCAUCCAAGCGGUAGCUGCCCAUGAGAAGAAUAUGCGCGAACAAGCCAAAAAGAUGAACGUGGCAUCUCUCCGAUCAUCCGAAAAUCAAAAUACUAGCGCGGAGUGUAAAUUGGCGAAAGUUGCCCUUAUGACAAUCUCUUUAUGGUUCAUGGCUUGGACUCCAUAUCUGGUCAUCAACUGGUCUGGCAUCUUCAAUCUUGUUAAAAUCAGUCCGCUUUUCACCAUCUGGGGCUCUCUGUUCGCCAAAGCCAACGCAGUUUACAACCCAAUCGUUUAUGGAAUUAGCCAUCCGAAGUACCGAGCUGCAUUGUUCGCGAAAUUCCCAUCAUUGGCAUGCGCCGCUGAACCAGCACCAGCAACAGACGCUACAUCAACCGUUUCCGGUACAACUACUGUUGCGGACAGCGAAAAAUCCAACGCGUAAAAAAAGAAUAUGCUACGGCUACACCUUACUUUUAUUUGAUCCAUGCAUAACGCAGAAGAUCAGGAAUUAACAAUGAGUAUAGAUUAAAAUAUACCUCAUUAGGUAAGGAUAACAGCAAGUUUUAUUACAGACACGAUUUGUAAAUAUUAACAUCCGACAUAACAAAUCUUUUUUAUCGAUACCAAAAAUAUUAAUGCGGUCAAUCAAAUAUCCAAAAUUAAUGCACUUUAAAUCGAAUGUGUUCAAACAUUCAGAAAUACAGUCUAACAAGUUGCACAUCUGAUUCGGUGAAGAACAACUCCAGUAUACGAAAUUAUUGUAUACGUAAUAUUGAAUGAACAAUAUUUGAAUCGCCUGUAACUGUAUGUAUGAUUUGCAUUUCACCACAAUGCAAAUCAUUUUACAUCAAUUCAUAGGUAUGAUUUCAAUUUUGUACAUUUAUUGCGUAACAAUAUACAUGGUCACUUUGGUAUAGCAGGUACCAGCUCUAUGUUUACUAGAUUAGUAAGCACAUCACAUUACUAUGAAAUAUGGAGGGAGCAUCUGUAUCUUAAUUUUAUAAGAAUAAAUAAAUUCUGCAAGCAGCUGUA